AUGCGUUGCGGUCCCUCGGUGGAUCGCCUCUUUCCUCGACAUCAUCAAGACCGUCCUUCCACCCUCCAAUCCGCCACAAUGAACUUGCAAUUGCUCGACUUCUUCGCUGCCCUGCCCGAAGUCGCGAAACGAGAAAUACUGAUGCAUUGGAUGCCGUCUCAAAUGUAACUUGCACACUUUCAAACGUCCACUUUUAUCUCAAACAUUGCAGGUUCAAAGUGGCGCGCGCGUCCGAACCGUGGAGCCGACUCGUCAUUCCGGCACUCGGACGCGACGGACUGCACGCUCAACUCGUGCUGGCCACUGGCGAUUCGGGGAACAAUACGCACGUGCAACUGAUCGCGACACUCCUCAAAGACGGUCUGGAAGAGGACAAAAUCGAGAUGGAGAUCCGCGAAACGCCGCGAGUCUUCCUGCCGCAAUGGACCGAACUCCGCGGACUUCUCGAGAGGUGCUUCCCGACCAUCACCGCCGGUCCCAUCCACAUCGACAUGGACACCGAGCUGAGCGUUGCGGACCUUCGGCGCGUCAUGGACGGUCUCGAAAUCGACGCGCUCUUCGUGGGAAUCGAUGAGGGGCGCGUGGUGCCCGGCCGAAAGUUCAACGAGUUGGUGGCCGGUCUGCAACCGAAAAAACUCGAUUUGGAGAUGGAUUCGGACGACGAUUUCAGCUGGGAAAUUGUGAGUUUGUACCCUUGCAUGAUGGGCGUUCCCAUGAUUUCAACACUUUUAAAAUGAUGUGACAUUACCUCGACUUUUUUUCCAGAUCCAGCACGUCAGAGACGUGAACGUGCGGAGGUCCGAAUGGAUGUCGACGGCCAAGCUGCUGGACCUGAACUGUGAAAAAGUGGUGAUGGACGAAUGGAAGUUCACCGAUCGGGACCUCAACCGAUUCCUGAGGCACUGGCACUCGGGCGCCGCUUCCGAAGUACGGCUUCUCGAAUUCAAGAAGAAAGUGUUCAUUGAGCUGACGCAUCUGUUCGACGGACUCGAGCCCCUUCGAUGGAGCCCAACCCGCAGGGACCGUGUCUUUGUGGACCGACAGAACAAGCUCGUCGACCUGUCGGCCGGCAUGGAUAUUGUGCGGGCGGACGGUAAACUCGCGACGGUCCACUACUCGCUGAGCACCAAAUCGCUGCACCUCUACGUGUGGGAAGAUCGGUUUCCGACAGGACCGCUUAAGGAGAAACUCGAGUCCCGGAUCGCCCAGGUCCAAAGACAAUUGACGGAACUGUCGCCGAAGCUGAAGGCUCGAGUGGAGCCGGUCUACCGAAAGCACGCGACUUUGGAACAAGUGCACCGAGAAGAACGAACGGUUUACCGGAAGCUGAAGGCCGAGGGACGUGCCGCGUUUGAGCUGUUCGCGGAGAAGGACCGGAUCCAGAGGGACCUGGUCCAGCUGACCGAGUUGAAUGCGGCACCGCCGGUUGCCCCGCACGACUACGCCCGAUUCAACGUGCUGGCACACAACUUGAGGGAGAUUAACGAGCGCUGGUGGCAGCACUUGGUAAUUUGAUGAUAGCGCAUCUAUUUUUUUAUGAUAACUGAUAUUGUGGGACUCUAACUAAAUAUUGUGGACUUGAAAUUCACUUAUUUAUUCGAACUCGAUAAUAAAAAAUGUCAGAGAAGCGAACAAUUACAGGAGAGAGUUGAAGCGAACGAAGUGAACAAGUGUUUGCAAUAUUUUAAGACACGUUUACUCUCUUUUUUCAUUUUAUUAUUCUGCCUAGCCCAUGUUUACCAAAAAAUACGUGACCUUUCCAAAAAGUGUCAAAAACGUCACGACAACACUUAUUUCACCAAAAAAAAUGUCGAGUGUUCAAACGAAGUCAACGUUUGUAUCGCAAGGCUCCACGUCGAAGGGACCGUCUUCGACGGUGUCGAAAUGUUCGGGACCGUCCGAGUCGACUGUUUCGAAAGUAUCAUCGGGACCGCCCGAGUCGACGUCGUUGGCGCCGUCGAAGAACGAGAAACAGGCGAAAAAAGAGAAGAAAAAGGCGAAAAAGGAGAAGAAAAAGGGCAAAAAGCAGUGGGAUGACUAUUGGUUCGGAUGGUAUCCGGUGUACGAGCGGGAGGCGAAGCGAGGCGUCCCACUGGGUUACAUUCCGAUGUACGACGAGCCGUCGACGCUUUACUGGGAGCCCGGAUGCGUCGAUCCGUGGCAGGUUCACAUCGGACUUUGUGCGCGGGUGAGUCCUUUUCCUCGAAAAAUCAAUACAUGCAACAAAAAAAUGCGUGGGCUAGUUGGGAGUUCAAAUUCUGACGCGACUUCUCAUGUUUUUAGUAGAAAAUGACUCAAAAUUCGCACUUUUUUUGAAUAAACGUAAGCGUUGAUCUCAAACUUAUUUGAAUUUCAAGGUUUGCGCUUAAGAUGCUCGAACUUCAGUCAUUUUCAUUGUUUGAAGGCUCAAAAUUAGUUUUUUAUGAUUUCCGACACUGAUUUUGUCUGAAAACCGUUCAUAUCGCGAAAAACGCUUCGAACGAGACGUUUUCACGAAAACUUCAAUGUUUUCUUCUUCAAAACCAUCUUCAUCGAUAUUUGCCUCAAAAAUUGAUUCAAAAUCGCGCAUUUGCAAAGGCCACGCUCCUUCUCAAACAAAUUGUUCGGGCUAUCAAGUCGUAAAAGCUAAGUAUUUGUGAAAAAGCGAAUUUUGCAGGAGCACCUCACUCUCGCCGCCGGUUUUCAACAGGUUCUCACGCUGAUCGCUCAAGUUCUCUCGCUGUUCUUCUUCAAUACAUUCUAGUAAGUUUUUCACAUAUUCGACGUUCUUUUUCUUCGACGUAUUUUGUGUGUUCGAACAGCAAAAAUGAUCGAGAAUUGACUGAAAAUCGAUUUAAAAAAUCGCAAAUUUAUAUAAGACUCUUGUGUUUUAUAUAUACGAAAAAUAGAGCUAAAAUUUGAAUCUUUUCGUUUCCAGUCCAUUAUUCACUACUCAACACGAUGUCGACACGAACUACAUGCUUCACGGAUCGCUUACUUACAUUUGGGUACUUUUUUAUUGGAUAAAUUGUCAAGUUUGUAUUUUUCAAUUUUCAGCUCUAUUUUAUGCUCUCGGUUGUCAUCUUGUGUCCCGCUGAUUGGUCUCGCAAAAAGCACAUGCUGUUGCUCGGACUUGUUGUAAGUUUUCAAAAAAAGUUUCGCGUCGAGACGCAAACAAUGUUUUUUUUCUGCAGAUUUCAUGCGUCAUCCUAUCUGGAGUCGUUGUGCCGAUCGUCGCGAAAAUUAUGGGCUGUAAGUUUUCAAGCAGGCUUUUUACAAAAGAAAUGAGUAAUUCAGAUGACACACUGAUUCUGAUCAUUAUCUGCGAGGCCACCGCCUUGGUUUACAUCUAUCCGACGGUUAUUGUGGCGUUAAUGCUGUUAGUGUUUUUCUAAUAAUUAGAUAAAAACAAAAAAGUGUUUUUUUGCAGCUGGAAACCGGGCCGUCACCCGUUUUGGCGCCUUUUCGCCAUAUACCACCGUGUCGGAUUGGCCGACGAGGACGGAAACAUAACGGAAGCGGGAAGGAAGUGGGAAGCCGAAGGAUGCGGAUUCUUGGAGACGCUUCCGGAAGGCACUCCGGACAGUCUGAUCGGCAGCCCGUCAGCCACCAAAAAAACGGCCACGACCACCGGCAAUACGACCGCCUCGACGAUGCGUUCGAGCGGCGGCACCGAGGAAAUCGAUGCACUCGUUUGA